ACCAAGGGGUGUGGUUUUGUGGUUUGGCGCAUGCGCAGAGCGGGGGAGGCGGUUGGAGCUGCGUGCGGAGAGCGGGGCUCCCCCAAAGCCCCCCCAUGGCAGAACCUCUGCAGAAGAAGCUCCAGGGGGAGCUGGAGAAAUACCAACAACUGCAGAAGGAUCUGAGCCGGGCAGUGUCGGCGCGACAGAAACUGGAGACGCAGCUGACAGAGAACAACAUCGUGCAGGAGGAGCUGACCCUGCUGGACUCGUCCAACACCAUCUUCAAACUGCUGGGCCCCGUCCUGGUCAGACAGGACCUGGAAGAGGCCAAAGCCACGGUGGGGAAACGCCUGGAAUACAUCACAGCAGAAAUGAAACGCUAUGAGCAGCAGAUGCAGGAGCUGGAGCGGCGCUCGGAGCAGCAGAGGGAGGUGCUGGGGAGGCUCCAGCAGGAGCUGCAGGGCAAGCCCUGACCUCCCCUGCACCCCCAAAUUUCGGGGGGACCCACCUGGCCUUCCUCGUCCCUCCUGCACCCCAAAAACCCCCCUUAAAUUGGGUGAAAUCGCUCCUAAAACCAUGGGUUUUUUGCCUGGUGGGGGCUUUGAAUUCGUUCCUUCCUGGGUUUUUUGGAGGGGGUGCUGGGCACUCCAAAAUGUGUGGGGACACCCCCCCGACCCUCCUGGCCCCUCUACAGCCUAAAAACCCCCCUUAAAUUGGGAUUAAACCUCAUUAAAGUGAGCUAAACCUCUCUCCCAGAAAACAGCAUUUUCACCCCACUCGUGGCUUCAAAUCUGGGGGAGGUUUUAUUAAAACGUUAAAAAAAAAUAAAAAA